AUGUCUGCUCAACGUCGCAAUAAAUCUAAUAGAUCUAAGGAAUACCGUAAACUUAAACGUGAACAGGCAUUAAAAGAACUAGAAGAUCUCGAAACAAGAUGUCAGAAUUUGUCACCAGAUUCGAUAUAUGGAAGGUUUACUGAGUUACCCUUAUCCUCUUUGACUUUUCAAGGUCUACAGCAAUCGAAUUACGUUGAAAUGACGGAAAUUCAGCGUAAAGCAAUACCAAUUGCUUUACGCGGCCGUGACCUUUUGGGUGCCGCGAAGACUGGUAGUGGCAAGACAUUAGCUUUUCUUAUUCCAUUGAUUGAAUCAUUAUAUAGAAAAAGCUGGUCACAAUUGGAUGGAUUGGGUGCUUUAGUUAUAGCACCAACACGAGAAUUGGCUGUUCAAAUAUUCGAGUUUCUUCGAAAAGUAGGAAGAAAGCAUUCUUUGUCAGCUGGUCUCGUGAUAGGUGGAAAGGAUGUAAAUAUUGAACAGGAACGUAUUAAUAGGAUGAACAUUCUCAUUUGUACCCCUGGACGUUUAUUGCAACAUAUGGAUCAAACCGUAAACUUCAAAUGCGAUAAUCUCCAAGUAUUAGUGCUGGAUGAAGCGGAUCGUAUUCUUGAUUUGGGUUUUGAAAAGACUAUAAACGCCAUCAUUGAAAAUUUACCAAAAGAGCGACAGACUUUGUUAUUUUCCGCCACCCAAACAAAAUCUAUUAAAGAUUUAGCUCGAUUAAGCCUUCAGGAUCCCGAAUACAUUUCUAUAGUUGAAGAGUCAAAACAUAGCACGCCAAUUAAUUUAUCACAACAUUAUUUAGUUUGUGAAUUACCGCAAAAAUAUGAUAUAUUAUAUUCAUUUAUUAAAUCUCAUUUACAAGUGAAAGCUCUUGUAUUCUUAUCCAGUUGCAAGCAGGUUCGAUUUGUGUUUGAAACUUUUUGUAAAUUGCAUCCAGGAAUUCCAUUACUUCACUUGCAUGGCAAACAAAAGCAAACCAAACGAUUAGAAAUUUUUAAUAAAUUUUCUUCAAUGAAAUUUGCAUAUUUGUUUGCUACUGAUAUUGCAGCAAGAGGUUUGGAUUUCCCCGCUGUUGAUUGGGUAAUACAAGCAGACGCCCCAGAAAAUGCAGAAACAUAUAUUCAUAGAGUCGGACGGACAGCAAGAUACGAAGCUUCGGGUCAAGCUUUGCUAUUUUUGUUGACAAGUGAAGAACAAGGAAUGAAAGCAGCUUUAGAUAAAAAAAGAGUGCCGAUUGAUAAGAUUAAAGCAAAGGCCAGCAAGACAUUUAGCAUUCAAAAACAGUUACAAUCACUAUGUUUCAAGGAUCCUGAAAUUAAAUAUCUGGGACAAAAAGCAUUUAUAUCAUAUAUGCGAUCAGUUUAUCUGCAAAGUGAUAAAUCCAUAUUCAAAGUAGAUGAAUUACCUGCUGAGGAAUUUGCUUCUGCCCUCGGAUUGCCCGGUGCUCCUAAGAUAAAAUUCAUCAAGAAAUUACGAAAUAACAAUGUCACCCUUCAGAAAGCAAAAGAAAUCCCCGGAUAUUCAAGUUCUGAUGAAGAUGAAAAAAUGAACUUACAAAAUCCCGAUGGACAAGGGAAAAAAGCCAAUAAUGCUAAACCAAAAACUAAGUUAGAAAAGAUGUUCAAUCGUAAGAAUAUGUCUAUUCUUACAGAUCAUUAUAAAAAAUUGGUAGAUCGAGAAGCAGACAAUGUUAUGAGUUAUGAUGAUGAAUUGAUCACUCUUAAACGUGCUGACCACGAAUUACCAGAUGAACUAAAACAACCGGGUCGAGAUCCGUUAUCAAAACGCAAACUUAUGAAAGCUACUUCAAAAAAAUUAAACAUCAAGAAUGCGCCUAGAGGCGAAAAACUAAUCUUUGAUGAUUAUGGAAAUCCUCAUCAAGUAUAUGAAUUUCAAAACGAAAAGGAUUUCCGUUCUGCAGGAGACAUAAUAUCUCAAAAGAAUGAAUUUUUGGAGAAAGAAUUUGAAGUUAUGAAGAAAGAAGAUGUUACAGAUAAGAUUAUUGCAAAAGAUAAAAAACGAGAGAAAAAACUCAAGAAAAGAGUUAAAUUAAUAGAAGAAUUGGAAGAUGAAAAUGGUAUAACUUUAUCAAAUGAAUUUGAUAAUAAUGAAAGUAUUGAAAGAAACUUUGAUGACUUAUCAAAUGAUGAUGAGGAGGAGGAUAUUGAAAUUCCAAUAAGUAAAAAACAAAAAUUAUUGGAAGUAGAAGAACCAGUAACUUUAGAAGAUCAAGAAGCAUUAGCUUUAAAAUUAUUGAAUCGCUUUUAA